GCUCGAAACAGAUCCUUCACUUCUCUCUAAAACUUUUCUCAAACUACGAAACUAUGGCUUCAAAAUCCGUCGUCGUUUUGCUCUUCCUCGCUCUCAUAGCAUCUUCAGCCAUAGCUCAAGCUCCAGGACCAGCUCCAACAAGAUCUCCUCUUCCAUCUCCUGCUCAAGCUCCAAGAACCGCCGCACCUACUCCUUCAAUCACACCAACUCCCACACCAUCCGCUACUCCCACGGCGGCUCCGGUUUCUCCUCCGGCUGGUUCACCACUUCCCUCCUCCGCUUCACCACCCGCUCCUCCAACAUCUCUCACUCCCGAUGGAUCUCCCGCCGCUGGCCCGACUGGAUCCACUCCCGUCGAUAACAACGCCGCCGCCACUCUCGCCGCUGGAUCUUUAGCCGGUUUUGCAUUCGUUGCUUCUUUGUUGAUGUAAUUUGAUUAUUUUAGAAUCUAUUGAGAUAGUUUUUUUUCUAUUAAGGAUUAUUUUGUUCGUGUUAUUUUAAUUUU